AUGUAAUAAUAAUAAUUAUAAUGGUUGUUCAAAUUGUUAAUUAAUUUAAUAUUAAAUUCUAGAUAUGUAAAAAACAUGUUAAAUUUUUCGAUGGAUUUAUUUUAGAAAAUGAUUAAUAAAUUUGUGAAGAUGGAUCAAUCAAUAAAGAGUAAGAAUAAUGUGAUAAUCCAAAUGAGAAAGGAUUUUUUAAUUGUUAAAUUUAAAAUGGUUAUGUGUUUUCUGAUCUACACUAUUCAUUUUGUCAAACAUGUGAUGAUCAUUGUAUAAUUUAUUAAAGUAUUAAUAAAUCUGAUCUAAUAUGCAAUGAUUGUUAACUCGGUUAUUAUCCUUUUGAAGAUAGUUUUAAAGUAUUAAUCAAACUUAUGUACAUCAUGUUAUAGAUCUGAUUGUGAACUAUGUGAAUCUAUCCCUGGUUUAUAUACUGACAAUUUAAAAUAAAAUUUGCAUUACUUAAUAUGGUGA